AUGCCGCAGAUCAUGGGAAUCAUGCCCACCCUCAUCAUUCUGGCCGUGAACGCCGGCUUCACGCGCAGGGAUGACUUUUAUUCUCAUGCGCCCAAAACCCAUACCCUGCAGUUUGCAUCGCAUCCCCCGGACACGAACACCACAUUGGAGACGCUUUCAAUCAGCGAACGCAGAGAUUCGAACGAUGCCCCGGCCGCGCUUCCAUUUCACGAGCAGUCCUCGAAAACGUUUGCUGCUGAUGAGUCUGAGUGA